GCAGGCAGAGCGGCGCGCACCCACCCAACAGCGUAAACGUCAAAAUCAUCAAACAGCUGAUUGUCAAGUCAAAUUACUUUUUGAGUUUUUGCUUUUUGUUUGUAUCUAAAAAGAACAACAAGGUUAUUUUAUUACACCUAAUACAUUUGUGUCGCUUAUUAAUAUUAUAAAUAAUACCAUUUAUAGCUCGUACAACAUGCGCCUUUUAACUUUUAGUUUUCUUAAGAAUUGCAAGUUUAAAUCAAUAUUAUAUGGAGUACCGAGAAGAUUACGUAGUGAUACUGCUCUGCCAAAAAUUGAAGAUGAUAAAAUUAAAGAGGAGACGAGCCUGGUGGAGAUAUCUCCGUCCUGGGGCGAUGCGCCGGAGCACGCGGCGUUACGCGCGGCCGUACUGCGCGACCUGCACGUCACGCGCGACUUCGUCACUGAGGAAGAGGAGGCCGCACUCAUGGCCGAGCUCGAGCCCACACUCAAACGCAUGCGAUACGAGUAUGAUCACUGGGACAAUGCCAUCCACGGGUUCCGCGAGACGGAGCGCUCGUCGUGGCAGCCCCACAACGAGGCGGUGUGGGCGCGCGUGCGCGGCGUGUUCCCGCGCGACAUGCCGCUGCUGGCGCACGCGCACGUGCUCGACCUGGCGCCCGCCGGACACAUCAAGCCGCACAUCGACGCCGUCAGGUUCUGUGGAGCAGCACUGGCGGGGCUGUGCCUGCAGUCGGCCGCCAUCAUGCGCUUCCAGCACGAGCAUCACAAGCACCUACAGUUCGACGCGCUGCUGCCGCGCCGCGGGCUCUACUUCAUGCAAGGCGUGGUGCGCUACUCGUUCACGCACGCGGUGCUGGGCGGCGAGGGCAGCGCGUGGCGCGGGGCGCGGCUGGUCAAGAAGCGCCGCGUGGCCGUCAUCUGCCGCGCGAGGCCCGGCGGCGGCUCUAACACCACCACUUGACCACAUGCUUUCGUAGGGUCCGCCGACGAGGUCAUUUUGAGAAUUUAUAACCUGUACAUUUAUUUCAGUUUAUGUGCCUCGAGCACAGGUCAUAUCAAUUGAAAAGAUUAUAUUUCCUUCAUAGUUUUAUUCAUUCAAGUUCUGUGCCUAGUUGUUGGUUACUUUCAAUUACCAACUUUUAUGUGUGUGAUAAUAUAUUAUAAUAUUUUAUUCUAAUUUGUUACCUAAAGUCCUUUCAUUACACAGGGAUUUAAUGUAGU